GGGGCGCCUCCACGUGACGCGCCUCCUCGCGGUGCCCUUCAGUCGCCGCCGCAGUUCCCCGGGCGCCACAUGGACCCUGCCGGCCGCCCCGCGCGCCGCCGCUGACAGCCCGCCAGUCCGCGCGCCGGCCGGGAAGGCUGGCUUCUCUGAGCUGGGCCCCCUGAUCGGUGAGGACCCUCUCAUCUCUGCAGUAGCAGCUGAAAACUGGCUUCAGAAACCCCCAGGGUCGGGCAGAGGACUCCUGGCCACACGCGCAUGUAAGAUCUGACCCCACCACCCCUGGAGGAGCUGCUGAGGAAUCAAAGCCAUCGUCAUGGAGUUCGUGAUGAAGCAGGCCCUGGGAGGGGCCACGAAGGACAUGGGGAAGAUGCUCGGGGGCGAUGAGGAGAAGGACCCCGAUGCGGCCAAGAAGGAGGAGGAGCGCCAGGAGGCCCUGCGGCAGGAGGAGGAGGAGCGCCAGGCCAAGUACGCCAGGAUGGAGGCGGAGCGCGAGGCCAUGCGGCAGGGCAUCCGAGACAAGUACGGCAUCAAGAAGAGAGAGGAGCGCGAGGCUGAGGCCCAGGCCGCCAUGGAGGCCGACUCGGAGGGCAGCCUGACGCGACCCAAGAAGGCCAUCCCUCCGGGCUGCGGGGACGAGCCGGAGGAGGAGGACGGGAGCAUUCUGGACACGGUCCUCAAGUACCUGCCGGGGCCGCUGCAGGACAUGUUCAAGAAGUGACGCCCCGGGCGCCGCCCAGCGCCCAGCCCGCCGCCCCUGUCCCGCCGCCCCUUUCCUGCCCCGUGUACACGCCCUCCCGGAGGCCACCGAAGGGAUGCAGGGAGCAGAGUGCAGCCCCCCCACGCCGGUAUAAGCCAUAGUUCACCCUCCCCGUGCUUCCAUCGCCUCCGCCACGGGGAAGGGCGCCCGACCCCUCACCCAGGCCGACGUGGUGCGUGCUGGGUGCCCGAGAGACCAGCCCACCCGCUCUCCUGGCUGCUGGCGGGUUGACCCUCCCCACCGCCCACCUCAAAGCCUGGGAUGCCUCUACCGCCCCCACCCUUCACGACCCAUCCGCUGCGCCAGGGCCAGGCCCCCACAAGGGCCGGCCUCUCCACCACACCACACCUCGGUGCGACCUCCCUCCGUGGGCAGGCGCUUGUCCAGGCCCAAACUCAGGAGCACAGCCAUGGUGGGGGGAAGGUGGUCUGCAGGCUGUGUGGGGGGUGCAGCAAGCAGCUGGUGCCUGGGGCAGAGGUGGGAAGCCCCCGCCUCCAGAUGAGCCUGGAUCCCCUCAGGCCCGAGGCGUGGGCCGCUGGAUCUUGGCGUCUGCCUGCCCCUGGCUGCCCCCCUCCACCUGACCCUCACACUCACCGUCCACCUGUCUCUCUGUGUCCUGCUCCGUCCUUCUGGGCUCACGCCUGGGGAAGGCUGGCUUCUUAGGAAUGCCAGGGCCCUGUUCUCUUCUCAACUAAGGAAAACAAGAUAGGUUUAGGGGAGAUUCUCAGAUGCACCCCGAGUGUGGCACAGAGAGCCCUCGCACACCCCUGUAGCUCAUGCCCCUCUGCGUCCGUGGACCCAGCCCUGCCCGCCCCUUUCCCUGGUUGGCACCUCUUGUCUCCUCCGAGGCUGCUCUGGGGGCUCUCUGCCCUCAGCCCUGAACACCCACCUGCAACGGGAGCUGGGAGGGCACGCAGAGACCCAGGUGCCGAGCACGGCGUGUCUGGAGAUGCGCGCAGAGGACGGCCUGCACCUGCCCUCCAACGCCUGUCGCGCCGGCGGGGUGCGGCCCCUCCAGCGGGGCUGCCGGGUGCUCCUGCGCGUGGAUGUGGGAUUUGACUGGAACAGCGGAGGCAGGCUGAGCCGGGCUCCCCAAC